GACGCUUUCAAAAUGUCGAUAAAGUGAGUCCCCAUCUCCCUCCUUCCACCCUAUCUCUAUGCCUGCUCUAUCUUCGCGAUCCCAAACCCCUCUCUCCCUGCCCCUUCCCUUCCUCUUCCAUACCUCCUCGUCUCCGACUAGUCAGGACAUAUCUCCUCGUCUUGGUCACAGCGAAGCAUACCGCCCACCCCCUUGUCUUCGCCUGUCUGCCCACCCCCAUGGACCUCUACCAGGGUACCCUCCAGCAUCAGAGCAUCACGGCCCAGAGCCAGCCUCGGGACCCUUGUCUUUAUAGCCAUGACAUUAACCACAAACGCAGUUGGGUCAUGCUCAGCCAGAAGGGCGAGAUACAGCCCCUGGAAGACGAGCAGAUACUCUUGAAGACGCCUGGCUAUGUGAGCCUCGAACUAUCCGUUCCCAAGGCGUUGCGAACCUCCAACCCAAACUUCAGCGUGAAAUGUGAUUCGGGAAUCGCAUAUGUCACCAACAGAAGGAUCAUAUAUCUUGCUGAGCAGCCCACAGAGGCUUUUCAGUCCUUCUCGGCCUUCAUACUCGACACCUAUGACCCCCAGCCACGAGCAGGUGGGCUGCUUGGGUUCGGAGCCUGGCGAUGGAGAGCCGAGGCCAAACCUAGAGCCGGUGGUGGCAUCCCCGGCGAUGUACCUCGUAUCGAGAUACUGCUGAUCUUCAACCACGGGGGAGUAGAGGGUUUCCACUCAAAGUACAGCCUCAUGCAUGAGCGCCUCUCACAUGCCCGAGACGUUGCAAGGGAGACGGGAACGCGCAUCACCGUCCAUGACGACGACCUGCCCCCGUACUCCGCCACGGGGGCCGGCAGUCCGCCUCAACCGCCGUCAGCCGAGCAGCCGGCCCAGACGAGUUCUGCUUCAGCCGAGAAUCCGGCCCAGCCUCAGACUCAGCAGCCCCAGGCGACACCGAACGAGCCACCCCCAGACUAUGAUGAAGCGCAGGCCCAGGCUGUAGAACAGCAAUUCGAGGAGAGGGACCGCCAAGACGCCGAGAGGGCUCAGUAGAAAUGGUGCGCCGUGUGCGCUACGUUAGACCCGCAGAACUCUCACCCAGCCCUAUCCCGUUCUCCGGUCGGCCGGAAUCACAAAAGGGACAUACAUCACGAUCGUUGAUACCCACGUCAUUUGUUCACACGCACAAUACAGGCACUUUUGUCUCUGUUGAUGAGGAGCUUGGAGUUCAGGAGCGGGACGAGUCAUACCUGAAUUUUGGUCCACGAAUGUUCACGAAUAGAAUCUCACAAAUAGCUCAUGCUUUCGCUUUCCUCAGUAUAUAUACUAUUCUUACUUCUG